CAGAAAACAGAAACAUAUGUGAAGUGUGCCGUGGACCUGGACUGCUCUUCUGCUGUGACACUUGCCCAAGGUCCUUUCACCAGAAAUGCCACAUCCAGCAAACAGACUCCAGCGGGGAACCCUGGAGUUGCAUCUUGUGCCAGAUAAGGAAGAUUCAGAGAAGUUCCCCAGAAACCCAGCAACGCCAUAAGGAAUCCGAGGUCCUAAAGAGGCCAAUGACGGGCGUGGACAAGUUGAAAUGUCAGUUCCUCCUCUUGAAGAUCUUUUCAAGUUCACCAAGAAGCUCUUUAAUCUCCAACCCCGAUAAUAGUGAACAGUUAUCUCAAGGCAAGAGAAAGUUCAUGUGGUUAAACAAAAUCCGGCAAAAGUUUUACAAUAACUUAUACUCCCGCGUGGAGACAUUCGUGCUGGACAUGCGCCUCGUCUUUCAGAACCACAGGGAACAUCACAGGGAAAAGAAUUCCCUCAAUCUGGGACUCCAACUGGAGAAACAAUUUGAGGAGGAUUUCCAAAGCAUUUUUGCCAUCAGGAAAUAAGCAGAAGCAUUCUGAGCCCAUUCUCUCACCCCGCA